GUGACAUAUAUGAAAACGGUCCAUAUCAGUGAGAAGAUGUAUAAAACAGUUGCUCUCAGGUCUGUCAAGUCCAUCGUAUAUAUUGGGUCUACAUGAGAAAACCAGGCCCAUCGUUUAGCUUAUUCUCAUUCUUCCCUCAUCACGCACCAUUCCUCAACGAACAAAUAGUGCUGAAUGCUGCUGAUGUUGGAGUCUUACGUUUCCUCGUAGGAAAGGAUACGAUAGGAAGUCGACACGUUACAUGCACGUGUCGACACGUGUUAUUUUAACAGCUCGAAGGUUUGUUAACGUGGAUGGGCAUAUAGCCUGUAGGAUAAUACGAAGACUAGCCAGUAUCAACUAUCAAACGAACGAGCGACACGAAGUUAAAAUGACAAAACUAUUGGUUUUGUUGAGUCUUGUCUUGAGUGCGUUAUUGACGGUGGGCCAAUGCACAGAGUCAAAAAGUGAAGUCAUCGUGAAAGAAGGCCACCGUGUUGUUGCGGUGGAGUACGACGCAGUCGGCAAAACCAACACUAGAGUCUUGAUUACACCGCGGGAAAGAGGACAAGAGGAGACAAGAGAUGAAAGAGAAGUGUUUAGUAAUAUGAAAAAGAAAGUGACAGAAACGGCGUCGUCUCUUCCGGUUAUCGUCCAAGUAGAGGAGGAGAGUGAACUCCAAGAGCUCAUAUGCGAUGCGACCAGUAAGUAUAAACACAAGGUGGCGAGUGUGAUCCAACUGCGCACGAUACGAAGGAGACGGUUGCACGUGAUGAAAGAAACUCUGGCCCAUGAGCCCCAGUAUACUGAACACAAGGCUAAGAUGAGUAAGAGCCAAAACGUUUUUGAGAAGGCAAAGUUGGCGGUUACGGCGUCGCUGAACGUCACAAAGAUAGGGAGCGUGGUGAGUGUGAUCGGGAUCGCGGCGGCGUAUGGGAUGUGCGUGUGGGUGACGAUCGUGUCGAAGUACUUGUUGACUUCGGUGCUUGGGAGGCAUCGGUUGGUUGUGGCGCAGAGCAAGGUGCAUUCCGUGUACUUCAAGGCAAUCUUCGUAGGGAUUCUGGUUGGGUUGCUAGGACACGUCAUCAGCCGACGCCGGAAGGUUCUUACCGAUGCGGUGGAGAUGUGGCAGGCCGUUAACCUCUUGUCCUCGAUAUUCAUGGUGGAAGCUAAUGCGUCAUUUGUUGAGCCACGAGCCAUCAAGGCAAUGAUUGAGCGGAUAAAAGUGGAAAAAGAAGAAGGAAGAGGGCUUGACAUCUUAGAGUCACAUUCCUGUGAAGGAGAGUCUCUAACCUGUGGUAAGAAGGUUAUAGACAAGAUGGAUGAGGAUGCGGUGAACCGUAGACUGAAGAAGCUAAACGAAAGGUUAAGAAGGCUAAAUGCGUACUCGUCGCGACUAAAUUUACUAAAUCUAAUGUCUCUCACUUGGCACUUUGUGUAUCUCAGCCAUCGACUCAGCCUCACUUAUUGAGGGGUUGAGCCACCGAUACUGUAGUUGUUUUUGUAUUUGAUUGUUUUUAUGUUUGUGUUACAUACAUGA